AUGCUGAUAUCAGAGCGUACGGACUACCGCCGGCGAAAAUCACCGGCAUUGCACGCGACAUAUCCGCUCAACUGGGUUGCUGUAGGCAACGGCAUCUCGGCGCCGCUGGCGCAAUCGAUAGUCCUCACGCUUGCUCAACUGCUUAUGGGAUGGCUGCAGGCAACCGAACAUACCGUCCGACACUUUGAUCGUGGGCAGAAGCUGAUCGAAGCGCUGGCUACGUCUAACCCUGACUUUGAUCUAGUGGUGCUUGAUUGGGAAUUACCAGAUGCAACCGGUAUUGAGGUUUUGCACCACAUCCGCAAUCAGAUUCAAUGGCAUGUUCCCAUUCUUUUUGUUACUCAGCGGGAAGCGGAAACCGACAUCAUCAACGCCUUGUCCAGUGGCGCCGACGAUUACAUGAUCAAGCAGAUCAAUAGGGGUGAGUUUCUUGCGCGGAUAAAUGCGUUAGGACGCCGUCUGGCCAAUCAGGAACUCGACUUCGAAAUCGGUAUGAAAGUGUACGCUCGUGCCUUGCGCUGCAUCUUUGUAACCUUAGUCCUCCUGGCUGCACCAGCCAGCUGGGGCGACGACUGGCUCUACACCGUGCGACCCGGAGACAAGCUUUGGGAUAUUGCCGAAAAUUAUUGUGGCAGCGGUCGCUUGGCGCAGGUCAUCGCUGAUCACAACGGAUUAGCCAAUUCAGCGCAGCUGCAGGCAGGGCAACGCAUUGCUAUACCAACCACAUUGCUUGCUUUCUCUCCCAGCAACGCAACCAUUGUGCAGGUAACCGGUGAUAUUGUGAUACUGCAGAACAAUGGCAGCCAGUCUCCAGCCCAGGCGGGCGAUGCAGUCAACAUGGGCGACUAUGUCAUCAGCUCCAAGGGCGCCGCUCUGGUCAGUUUUGCCGACGGUUCCCAGAUCAGCAUCGCGCCUGACAGCAAGGUUCUGUUUAACAAGCUGACAGCUUUUGGUCCUGCAGGCAUGGUCGAUACUCACUUACGCUUUACCUACGGCCAGGGUGAAGCCACCGUCAAACCGCAGAAUCGUGGCGAUCGCUUCCGCAUCCAGACGCCCGAGGGCAUAGCUGCGGUGCGGGGCACACAGUUUCGUGUCGGGCGCAUCAAUCGGGAUGAAGGUCCCAUGGUAUCUACUACUGAAACCCUGGAAGGUUUGGUGGCGUAUUCCGGACAGGGACAAAGCACCGAUGUGCCCGCAGGUUUUGGCGUGGCGGCCAGCAGCAGCGGCGUUGUUAAAGAAGCUUUGUUGGUCGCGCCUGUUUUUAACAAGCUUCCGGAGCAGGUCACAGCAGGCACCACAUUGUCCUGGCAGGCGCUGGCGGGUGCUGAAGACUAUGUUGUUGAGUGGGCCCGUCAGGCUCAGCCGGGCAUUGUCUACGCCUCAACAACCACCAGUGCGACACAGAUCCAACCGCCACAAAUCCCGGGGGCUUAUCUGCUCUCCGUUCGUGGCGUCUCCAGCAGCAGGAUACAGGGCAAUAAUGCCAGGCAGGCGAUCAACGUACUGAAUCCAGCACCUACAGAUCUUAACGAAUCUGUCAGGGUCGACGGUCACUAUUUCCAAUGGUUUUCAGGCUUUGAUCGUCUACUUUAUGACGCCGGCAUUCAACGCAUGACCAUCGAGCCGGAUAAAGACAUCAUCAUCGUUGGGAUCGACGACAAAAGCCUUCAUACCUUCGGCCCCUGGCCAUGGCCGCGACCGGUGCAGGCAGAGCUUCUGCGAGCAAUCAAUAUCUAUCAACCUGCAAAGGUAGCCGUUGAUAUUAUUUACGCAGGCACCAGCCCGGACGACAAACCUCUGGUUGAAGCAGCCAGCCAGAUCGAUCAACUCAGCUUACCCGUUAUGAUCGAAUCUCUGGGCGCCAGACAACAACACAUCGAAGUCCUACCGUUUGCAGACCUGUUGUCCCAAGCUGACCAGUUAGGCCACGUCCAUGUAGAACUGGAUGAAGACGCCAUUGUGCGGGGAACCUAUCUCUAUCAGGGGGUUUCAGCGGUGGAUCUCAUGCAACCCACCAAUCGACCUUUCAUGCUGCCACGCCUGAAACCAAAGAAAGUUCUGCUGGCGACGGUCACAUUUGCACUGCUGCCCAUUGUUGUCAGUGCUGUAUUGCUGUCACAGGGUCUCUACCUCACAUGCGCUGCAACAACAGUUGCCGUAUUACUACUCUACCCUCUGUGGAGCUGGCGCAGACACGAAAUCGCCUGGCAGUUCAUCAGUAACGAGCUCACGCGUAUGGAUGAUGAAGAGCAGAAAUGGCGGAAACGCUCGGGAAAUGCUGAUGCCAUCCUGAGUCAAAACGCCGUCAUCUCAACCCUCGAUCAGCUGCUUGGCGUGACAAUAACACCCAUUCUCCAGGACAACGGCACAACACAACUGCAAACCGACCAUAAAAAGUCUCUAACAGAAGCUGAGAGCGAACUGUUGAGAUCAGCAAAUCAGCAGUAUUUCAACUCACCGACUGAGCAAGCUGUCCUGCCAGGGGAGAUUCUCGCAGCACAGAUCAGCCGCCUCGAAACGCGGGCAAGAGCUGUACGCGAAGGACAAAGCUGGGUAGACAUUAUGCGAGACGUUGUACUGCUCAAAUCGCCCGUGUAUUUCGAGGGGCGCAGCGCCGAUGCACGACCUGUAUACGUAAGUGCAGAACCGUUACCCGACACUCAGACGCAGCUGUUUGCGGGUUUCUGGGUGAUUACAUUUUCCGAUCUAUCCGCAAUUCGUGCGGCGCAGGCUCAGCGAGAAGAAGCAUUGGCGUUUCUAUCCCAUGACAUCCGCUCACCUUUACUUUCUGUGCUUGCGCUGAUUCGCGGUCAGCAGCCAGCUUCACCGCUGUUAGAGGAUAUAGAAAAAUACACGCAGAAGGGAUUAUCGACAUCUGAACAGUUCUUACAACUCUCCCGCUUGCAGUUGCAGAGUGAUUUUGAAAGGUACGAACUGCAGCUGGAACAGGUGCUCUACAACGCCAUCGAACAGUCUUUCACCUUAAGCCGUGAAAAGGCUAUUACCAUUUCUACGGGCGCAGGGUUCGACUCGGAACUUGAAGACAAUGGUAUCUGGCUCUAUGCAAACGGCGAACUCCUUGAGCGCGCCUUUGUGAACCUGUUGACGAACGCCAUAAAAUACAGCCCGCCCGACACCACCAUUAGUAUUGAUCUUAAAAUCAAAGACAGCAAAGUACAUGUCAUAUUUAAAGACCAGGGUUAUGGCAUUCCCGCUGAAGAGUUACCGCAUAUCUUCGAGCCGUUUUUUCGCUCUUCCGAAAAACGCCUGGCCGAAAAUCGAGGUGCGGGGCUUGGCUUACGAUUUGUAAAAACAGUGAUCGAACGGCACACAGGUAGUAUCAGCGUGACCAGCACCUGGGGCGAAGGCACAACCUUUGAGCUAGUACUGCCUUAUUGGGCUAAUGCAGCACUCGAAGAAUGA